AUGCCGCCGGUCGUGGCGAAUGGCUGGGGCCUGGGAUGCCGUCUCGUCGACCGGAAGCUGGGUGUGCUGAGGAUGCGCGCCCCCGACCCCGAGGACGCGUGCGGCCCCGCGCGGCGGGGGCCCGCGCCGGCGGAGGCGGCCGCCCCGGCCGCGGCCGAGACGCCACCGCCCAGGCGCCCCGCCCAGGGCUCCGCCGCCGCGGCGGCGGCGGGCCGCCCCGGCGGCCCAGGCUCGGCCACGGCGGCCCAGGGCCUGCCGGGGCCCACGCCUGCAGAGGAGGCGGCCCCGCGAGGCGCUGGGGUCGAGCCCGCCCGCGCGCCCUUGGGCGAGGCCGCGGGCGAGUCCAGGAGCUGGGCGGGGGCACCAUCCCUGAUGCUGCGUGCGCUGGGGUCCCGCGGGGGCGCGUGCGAAGAGCACGGCGAUGCCGCCGAGGUCACCCCACCGGCCGCCCCGCGGUCGCCGUCGCGGGCCGUGUUCCGGUCCGGGGCCCGGUCGUAUACUGUCUUGGGCUCUCGUGGGUGA